AUGGCCAACUUAAGAAGGGUAUUACUGGGCGUGUUAGCGGUGUCAUCUGCCUGUUUUCACAGCGUAGACGCAUACUGGCGUAUGUCCUGCUCCAUUAUCCAAACUGGCCGACUGGAUCCCAACAUAUCCCCCGGUGCUGUUUCAGCCCAUGUGCAUAAGGUCUCCGGAGCAAGCAAUUUUGGUCUAUCGAACACCUAUGAGGACCUAAUUACCUCGCAGUGCACCUCGUGCGAAGUGCAAGACGACAAAUCAAUCUACUGGACACCGCAGCUCUACUAUCAACAUACUAACGGAAGCCUUGAGGAAGUUCCUAAUGGCGGGACGGUCGUCUACUAUCUCGGGCGCGGCGAAAAUCGGUCUAAUAUUGAACCCUUCCCACCUGGAUUCCGAAUGGUAUCGGGAGACCCAUACGUACGAUCAAACGAUACCACAUCUUUUACUUACUCGGCCGGUGGAAACUCUAGGAGCCGCCUGGUCUCUGAUCGCGUGUCUUUCGCAUGUCUUGAUAGUUCGGGUACCAUCCCAGAACAGAACUACAUGUUCCGCACCGAUUGCAACAAUGGUCUUCGUGCUCAAAUACAAUUCCCAUCGUGCUGGAACGGGCAAGAUUACCAACUUGACCAGUCGCAUGUAGCAUAUAUGUCCGGUAUCGACAAUGGCGUCUGCCCGCCCUCGCAUCCAAGACAGCUGGCGCACUUAUUCUUCGAGGUCAUCUAUGGUGUGAAUGAUAUCAAUAAGGAGGCAGGCGGGCAAUUCGUCUUCGCGAAUGGCGACCCUACGGGAUUCGGGUUCCAUGGAGACUUCAUGAACGGUUGGGAUGCAGAAGUUCUUGCCGACGCUUUGCAGCAGUGCGUUAACGACGACUCUUCCAACGGUCAGAUCUCAAAAUGCCCGCCGCUAGCCAAGUCUCAGACCCCUUAUUAUGCGACAAAUUGCCCAGAGCGUAAACCGAUUGUUAACGAGAAAGUAAAGGGAAUGAUCGAAUGUCUCCCGGGCUGUAACGUAAUUACGCCUGGUCCCGAGAGAGCAAUUCGGCUUGUAUGCCCAGACGACACACCCUCCGUUAAUACUGUAGAUGAUGGCGAGUCCUAUACUAUGUUUAACCCUUCCACAGGGCAGAAGCUCAGCGGCAGUGCGUUUGCUUUCGCGGGAUGCGCAGCUGAUAGUGGCAGCUCAAGGACAUUGAGUGGGCAUUCAACUGCAGCUGGCAAUAUGACCAUUGAAUACUGCAUAUCAGUCUGCAAGUCUCAAGGUUAUCCCUUGGCAGGCCUCGAGUAUUCAAGGGAAUGCUAUUGCGGGAGUUCCCUUAGUAGUUCUGUUAUAAUUGAUUGCUCAACAACAUCCCAGAUGAUAUGUGCCGGUAACGCAACAGAGUGGUGUGGCGCACCAAACCUCUUAGCCAUAUGGAACGACACCUCCUAUUCGCAAACCGUAACGACGCUUUUAGUCGAUACUACGACUAUUAACAACGGCAGCGCGACAUACAUGGGUUGUUUCAGUGACCCAGGCGGAAACAAUAGAGCAUUAAGUGGCGAUAGCAUGUUCGACACGGCAGCGAUGACGAAUGAGAAGUGUGCAUCAUACUGCAAAGGCAAGGGAUACUCGUUAGCCGGAACGGAAUAUUCGCAAGAGUGCUACUGCGGUAAUGUCAAUACAGGCACUCUCAUCACAGAUAGUAGUCAGUGCGACAUGAAGUGCAAAGGGGACUCACACGGAUUUUGUGGUGGCGGCCUCAAAAUGAGUGUCUGGAGUCUUACUCAAGCUUCGCCGAGUAAAUCCCAAUCUGCUACACCUCAACCCACCCAGAUAACAUCGAUUCAAGAAAAUAUCAGCGUACUAAGAGCAGCAAAUGGUACCGCUACCUACCUUGGAUGCUAUACCGACAGCGCCUCAGAUGGACGUACAUUAGCUAAGGACUUCUACUACAGCGACUCCAUGACCGUAGACUCAUGUGCUUCAUACUGUCAAAGUAAGAACUACGCUCUCUUCGGUGUGGAAUACGGCGGAGAGUGCUACUGUGGCAAUUCACCAAAGACUUCAGCGGCGGUUUCUACCGAAGAGGGUUGCAGCAUGGCAUGCAAAGGCAAUUCGACCCAAAUCUGCGGAGGGAGCUCUAGAGUUUCCGUCUGGAAUAACACGCUAUAUGUUCCCACGCGCAAUUUAGUUGCUAUCAGCGGUACCGGAUAUGCCUACCUUGGCUGCUAUACCGAAGGCGCGAACGGUAGAGCAUUAGGUAAAGGAACGAGCGCAACCAGUACGAGCUACUCGACUAGCAAUAAUACAUUAACGGUUGAGAAAUGCGCAAGUUAUUGUGUGGGGAAGGGGUAUGCUUAUAUGGGCGUUGAGUACGGUCAAGAAUGUUAUUGUAACAAUGAAGGUCCUCUAAAUGGAGCAACAAAGGCUGCUGAAGGCGACUGUAGCAUGACUUGUAAAGGAGAUAUAACGGAGUGGUGUGGUGGUAGUUCCAGGAUCAGCAUCUAUAAGGCUAAUAAUGCUUAG